AUGGCCAUCGCGAAGUUCAUCCGUUACUAUUUGGAUCGCGAGCCCAUGGUGGUGCUUUCGUGUGCCAUCGGUGCUGUGGCUAUUUCGAUGCCACUAGUGGUGGUGCCUAUUCGACGGUCUAUGGGUCUCCCGACUGAUCAGUACGACGGUCCCCACACCCCGGACUACAUGAAGAAAUCGCGCGGCCAUUUGGUCCCCAAGUCGGAAGGAUAA